AGUGCGUGUGUUGUUUUUUGUGCUCUCCUCAAGCCUGGAUUGUGUUGUCACCGGUCAAUGUGCAGAGGUUGAUACGUGGACUGUAUGUACAGUGAGCUGGCAGGCUGAUCUGUAGUGUUUGUGGCACUUUGUGCUGCAUUGUAUGUGUGCCAAGUGUCCCUAGUGUGUAUGUGUUGUGUAUGUUAGGAGGCACAGCUUCAGGCACCCUGCUGUAUAUGUGCUGUAUAUGUGCUGUAUAUGUGUUGUGUGUUUGCAGUGUCUGCUCUAACAACUCAUCCGGCGUCAAGACAUGGCUGAUUCCCCCCUGGAGCUGACCCAAAACCCACUAAAAAAAAUUUGGGUGCCUUUUAACAAUGGACAUCCGGUGCAGCACAGUGCCCAGAGGAAAGUAUGUAUGACCAACUGCCCGACCCUCAUUGUUAUGGUCGGACUCCCUGCCAGAGGCAAGACUUACAUCUCCAAGAAACUCACACGUUAUCUCAACUGGAUUGGGGUGCCAACCAAAGAAUUCAAUGUUGGCCAGUACAGACGGGACCUGGUGCAAACCUUCAAAUCCUUUGAAUUCUUCCUUCCAGACAACGAGGAGGGACAGAAAAUCCGAAAACAAUGUGCCUUACUGGCCUUGAAUGAUGUUAGGCGCUAUCUGGGAGAAGAAGGGGGGCAUGUGGCAGUUUUUGAUGCAACAAAUACAACAAGAGAAAGGCGAGAGACCAUCCUUAAAUUUGCAGAUCAGAAUGGUUUUAAAACUUUCUUUGUGGAAUCUGAGUGUGUGGACCCUGAAGUUAUUGCUCAGAAUAUAGUGCAAGUGAAGUUAGGGAGCCCAGAUUAUCUGCACUGUAGCAGCGAGGAGGCAACCGAAGACUUCAUGAAAAGAAUUGAUAGCUAUAAGAACUUCUAUGAGACCCUGGAUGAGAAAUUGGACAAGGACCUGUCCUAUAUUAAGAUCAUGGAUGUAGGCUGCAGAUAUCUUGUUAAUCGAGUUAUGGAUCACAUCCAGAGUCGCAUUGUCUACUACCUCAUGAAUAUUCACAUCACUCCACGCUCCAUCUACUUGUGCCGACAUGGGGAGAGUGAGCUCAAUCUCAAGGGGCACAUUGGUGGCGAUUCUGGUCUCUCCAACCGAGGGAAAGAGUUUGCUAAAUGUUUGGGCAGUUACAUCCGUGAACAAAACAUCCAUGACCUUAAAGUGUGGACCAGCCAAAUGAAGAGAACAAUCCAAACUGCAGAGGCCCUGACUGUGCCCUAUGAACAGUGGAAAGCCUUAAAUGAAAUUGAUGCUGGGGUGUGCGAGGAAAUGCGCUAUGAGGAAAUCCAGGAAUCCUACCCGUUGGAAUUCGCUCUGCGUGACCAGGAUAAAUACAGAUAUCGUUAUCCGAAAGGAGAGUCCUAUGAAGAUCUUGUACAGCGCUUGGAGCCCGUCAUUAUGGAACUGGAGCGUCAGGAGAAUGUGCUGGUCAUUUGCCAUCAAGCUGUCAUGCGCUGCCUGCUGGCCUACUUCCUUGAUAAAAGUGCAGAGGAGCUGCCUUACCUCAAAUGCCCCCUGCAUACAGUGAUGAAACUCACCCCUGUAGCUUAUGGGUGUAAAGUGGAAGCUAUCCGUUUAAAUGUGGAAGCGGUUAAUACUCAUAGGAAUAAGCCAGAGAAUGUUGAUGUGGACCGCUCUAGUGAAGAUGCUUUACAGACUGUACCAAAUCACCUUUAACCCGGGUGGAAUCCAGUCACCCACAUCUGCUUGGUGGUUUCAUCCGCCAGGAGAAGUUCAGGAUGUGCACCAGUGAAACCCUCCAGAUAUCUUCGUUUUUGGGGUCUUUUUUAUUUUAAGAUUUUUUUUAUUGGUUGAAUGACUGUAUAAACAUGGCCGCACAGAUCUCAUGUCUGAAGUUAGAGAGAGGCAUGUAUGAUUCACAGUAUUGCACUCCAGUGUAUCAAUGUCACGGGACUCUUGUUUUAUAUCAUGAUAACGGAUUAGCCGGUUCUUUCUUAACCAGCACAAAACUGCUGAUUUGCUUGUUUUGUUUUUAAAUUAAUAUAUAAAUGAAGGGGACAUUUAGUGCAGGGAUUUCCUAAUUGUGUCCCUCCAGGCCUUGCUGAUCUACAGCUUUUGUUGACUAGCUGUGAAUGAUGGGAGUUGUAGUUCAGCAGCAACUAAAGCUGCAUAUAACUGAUUUGGGAGGAGUGACGCACCUGAGGCUCUAUAAGUGUUUCUAUUAAAAGCAAUGUCUCCCCUCAGCUUGCUGAUAUACUGUAUAUUAUUGCUUAGAGGAAUGAAUAUAUUUAAAGGGGUUGUUCACCUUUGAGUUAACUUUUAGUAUGAUGUAGAGAGGGAUAUUCUGAUACAAUUUGCAAUUGGUUUUCAUUUUUUAUUAUUUGUGGUUUUUCAGUUAUUUAGCUUUUUAUUCAUCUCUCCAGUUUGCAUUUUCAGGAUUUGUUUUGCUAGGAUCCAUAUUACCCUAGCAACCAUGUUCUUAUAUGAAUACUUGACUGGAAUAUGAAUAGGAGAGGCCUGAAUAGAAGGAGGAGUAAUAAAAGGUUGCAAUAACAAUAAAUGUGUAGCCUUACAGAGCAUUUGUUUUUUAGAUGCUGGAGAGAGUCAGAAGAAGAAGGCAAAUAAUUCAGAAACUAUAAAAAAAAAA